AUGGCAGGAAAGACAGAAAUACCAACAAAAACGUUAACAAAAAGACCGACAGAUAUCCAGACAGAAACUUCAACAGAAAUUUCAGCAAAAAGCUCAAAAGCAACCUCAACAAAAAUUCUAACAGGAUUCUCAAAAAUGCCUAUAAAAACUCACCAGAAAUCCCAACAACAUCCUCGACAAAUAUUCCAAUUGAAAUCCAACAGAGACACCAGCACAAACCUCAAGAAAGAUUCAAAAGGCAACCUAAAAAACACCUGCAGAAAUCUCAAAGGGAUCCUUUUAGAAGAUCUCUCAACAGAAAACUCAAAAGAAAUCGCAAAAGAAAUUCAAGCAAGAAGUUCAAUCGAAUUUCAAACAGAAACCAACAGAAAUGCCAACCAAAUUCUCAAACAAAUUUCUCGGCAGCAAUUUUGACAGAAGAUGGAAGAAGUAAGAUGAUGUGGAAGGCAAGAAAGAAGAAAAUAA